UCUUGCAACGAAGUCAUUGUGCAAUCGGUCGCUGCCCACUCUCUCUCGCUUAUCGCUUCCCCUAUCCCCCCAAAACCUCCGCCUGCCAUGGCGACCGCCGCCCAGACCGCCGCCACAUUCCUCUCCUUCCUCUCAUCCUCCCACCACCACACCGCCCCCUCCUUUUCUGUCUCCUUCCUAGCGACCCCCGUCCCGCCCGCCUCGGUUCGGGCCGCUGGCGCGGGGGGCCCAACCCUCACCUCCCGCUGCCGGGGCCGUCGAAUCGCCGCCGCCGUUGCUCAGCUCCCUACUAAGAAUCCAGAGCUAGCUUCUGGGGAGAAGAAAAUCCGGUGGUCAUCGAGGGCGGUGCGGUCAUUUGCAAUGGCCGAGCUGGAGGCACGGAAGAUGAGGUACCCAACCACGGGCACUGAGGGGCUGCUUAUGGGCAUACUUGUUGAAGGAACUAGCGGCGCGGCAAAACUUAUGCGUGCUAAUGGAAUCUCAUUGCUCACAGUGCGUGACGCGGCGGCGGAAGUUCUUGGGAAGUCAGAAAUGUUUUACUUCAGUCCUAUGCAUCCACCAUUGACAGAAUCUGCACAGAAAGCCCUUGAUCAGGCUGUAAAUGAGAAACUGAAAACAGGUGAGGAUGGAGAGGUAACGGCCAAUCAUUUGUUCCUGGCGAUAUGGUCAGAUAAAGAGUCAGCUGGUCAUAAGGUUCUGGCUUCCCUUGGUUUUGAUGAUCAGAAAGCCAGUUUGCUGGCCAAAACGGCUGAUGAAGAGGCAGCAAUGGGUCCUAGAUAGCAAAGAGAGCAACUAGUUUAUAUUGGGCUUGAGCUUCUCUGAGGUUAUGUGUGCACUUGGCAACCUCUAGGCGCUAGUUGGCAGCUCCAGUACCAUGGACCCACAUUAAGUUAAAUUGAAGAGAUUGCUUCUAUAAGAUUCAGGGUACUAAAGAUCUGGUAGGUCGAAUCCAAUGCAUGUACUCCAGCCAUUGCCAAAGCCAAAUGUGGUACAUGUAAAACAUUGCAAUGUAUUUUUGAAACAACAUGGAUCUGUUCCGCACUAAGCUAGAUGUGUGGACUGCCCUUGAAA